GCCCAAAGACGUGAAGCGGUCGGAAAAAUGGCGUCCGAUAACGAAGCCUCAUGCGCGAGUGACCCAAAUUUCGCGGUGAUCUGUUCGUUUCUCGGCUGCUUCGGUAAGUCCUGCGGCAUCAUCUUCCCGGACAUCGCGCGGCUCCAGGAUAUGCUCGAGAACACGCAAGAAGUGUCCCGAGAAUUAAUAGAUCUGCACAUCAAGUUGCUGCGUAAAACGCGCAAAACCGUGUCACCAGAAAAAUGGGAAAGGGCACUAGUCAAGUUUUGCCACACGUAUUCCAAUCAGGAUGGAUGGGAACUUGAACGUUUUGGUUACAAAAAAGCUCGGAUUGCCGUUAAACUUCGUUUGUUAAAAGUGCUUUUGGAAACGCAAUUCGACUUAAAUCAAAAGUUUAAAAACGAAGUCAACAAAUUGGCAGCUGCUGAAUUGCGUGUGGAACCAUUAGGGAGGGAUAAAACUGGAUUAGCGUACUGGUGUCAGAUUGAUGAGGAAUGUAAUGUGAGAGUUUAUAAAGAAGAUUUAGAUGAAGAAAGUUGGGAACUAGUAGCUAAGGAUCGGGAAGGUAUUGUGAGUCUCAUAAAUACCUUAUCGAACGGCGAAGCUGGGGCUAUACCAAUUAACGAGGAUAGCAACAGUUUAGAGAUCUCUGAGAAACCUAUAAUAGAUACUGGCCAAGUAACGACGUCUCCGAGUUUGGAGGACGAGGUUGCGCAAGAGAACAGCGUUUCUGUUGACGAGGUGAACGACAAAUCGUUACCGAAUGGAAGAAGCGAGUUCGAGGACGAGCAAGAACACAUUCAAGAAGAAGAACCUGAUCAAGAUCGGGACGAUAUUGCUAAUGACGCCGAAAACGACGAAGAGGAAGAUGAGGAUGUUGAAGAAGAGGAGGAGGAGGAGGAGGAAGAGGAAGAGGAUGAGGAGGAAGAAGAGGAUGUAACAAAUGACGAAAGUUCAAAACAGAUCACGGAGGAAGACGAUUCUCAAGAGAUGAUAGAAACUUCGAGUGCGGAAAGAUGUACUGCUUCGUCUUCAUUACCAGCGACAAAACCGCUAAACGCAAAGGUGGAAGAUGCUAGCGUAAAAACGGAAAACAUAAAUCACAGAGAGACUACUGAAACGUCCACUGCUACUGCUUUGUCAUCAGACGGUAAACCUGCGACGACGCAUCAGCCGGCUGCUCUCACGAAAAUCGAGGUUGAGGAAUUGGCUCCGUUGAAGUCGAUAGAGACGCCUGUUAUUACCUCGUCUCCGUUGAAGCUGGUGAAUAUCGCGGAACUGAAACAGGCGCCGGAAGAAAAAUUGGUAAGUCCAACAGCAUCGGUUGUUGCACCGUUGAACGUGACAAAGAAAUACGGUAGUUCCGACGAGAUCAUAAAUUCUGCAGCAAAAUCGCUCGACAAGCUUUCCAACAAAAAUAACUUACCUUUCACGGAUUCUAUUCCCAUGGGUCAUACCAAGUUGUCUCUCAAGCCAAUAGAUCAAUUAGCUGCGAAUCUUGGAAGGAUACAAUCGGAGAAAUUAGAGAAACCGAGCGGGCCAAAAUCGCUUGAAAAAAUUGCGGAAUCGCUUGCGAGAUCCGGCGGUAUACUGGGAAAUAUGGCAAACGGAGAGGACGACAGGCUGCCGCAGGACUUUUGCGCGAGAAAUCAAUCGGAGAAAUCGACGACGCUCAGAGGCCACAGAGGCAUGGAUCUGUCAACAUCGCCGCGCGGUUGGGAGAGCGCGAACGAACAAAACAGACCGGUCGACUUCUCCGGGAUCGAUCUUUCUAGUCGGAAAGCGUGCAAAACGAUGGACCUUCCCUCUCCAGGCUACAGAACGCAGGACUUCCAGCACCGUGAGAUGGACUUGAGCACGAAGAAACCGAGCAAACCAGAGAUGUCGAAUUUGUACGACGCACGUAAUAUGAUGAUACGCAAUCAUGCGAUGGUUGCCGAUCUGAGCAAGCGACAGAUGGCCUUCGGUUCGUACAAGAUGCCGUAUCACAAUACAUCUAGAUUACCCGUCAAGGACGAGCACAGACUACCAAGCUACACGAUACUUCCAGAUCCCAGCAAACUCACGACGCUUAGAAUGAACACCUCAUCGUUGAAACGUCCCAUGGAGAACGAUGAUACGCAGCAAGAAAUGCUCAAGAGGAUAAGAACGGACGUACUUCCGAUCAGAAGCACCAUGGACAAAAGAUCGAUGAUGGGCGGCAACUGGAGAGACGAAGUGGGUGAGGCCAUCGAAGAGCCAAUGAUGAUGGUUCAGGGAGAAGGAUCUGGUAGCGACUGCGACGCAGUGAAUCCUACGGUCGGGGAAGCAAUUGAGGAGCCAACGAUUUUUUUUUACGGUGAAGGUUCCGGUGAAGAUUGCGAGACGGGCAAUCCCGGCGACGACGCGUCCACUGACAAUAAAGAAAGCAACGAAUCAAAAUCCGAAGCUGACUCGGCCGCCACGACGUUGUCGCAGAAUAAAGUUCUGGGCGAGGACGAGGUGUCCACAGGCGCGAUAGUGUCGAGCAAACCUCCUGUAAAAUUAAAUAGAAACUUUCCCCAGUCUAGUGUAAGUGUAAACGAUAACUGUCAAAUAGUAGACUCUGUACAAGAAAAGCCAAAGUUUAAGUCGACGUUAGGCGUCCAGCUAAUAGCGAAGAGUAAUACAUCCGGUUCGGUCAAGAGGUUAUCGAGGUGGGAUGUGGGGAAGCCGGAAGAGAAGGUGGAAUGCGACAGUAUCAUAUCAAACGAAGAAGACAUAUCACUGAAGAACACUGACGAUCGCGAGCACAACAGUGCGGAUCAAAGGCUGAGUGAAACUGAAGAAACACCCAAAACAGUUUGUGAAGAUUCUACCAAUGUGAAUCGAGAGAUCGUCAAGACAUCGGACGUUGGAAAUUCUUCGAGCGCGAACAGUGAAACGUUUGAUGACAAAAGUGCUAGAUUGCAAGUGUCCGAUAUAAGUUCGGAGAAUACGAUUCUGAUGGAACAGAAAAAAGAUUCUGAACUUCAAGAACCCGUGCAGUGUGAUUCGUCCACGUCGCCGAGUCAAGCGGACGUCUCGCAGACAAUCGAAUCGUGUAAAAAUCCUGAAGCUACGAUAGAUUCGACCGAUGUACAAAACGUUUUCGAUAUCAAUAGCAUAGUUACAUGCAACAAGUCGGACGUUUCUUCAAAAGUGUCAGCGGAUAACGAAUGCAAGCCGAAUGCGUCGCCACCGAGAUUUUUUUUUGGUCCUAAUUGUAUCUCUUAUACCUCCAAGUCCGACGAAGACGGAUCGAUUUCAUCAUCAAUUACGUCUGUACAAUACGGGUGCGUGUCAUCGUCAAAAUCAACGGACGACGCAGCUUGUCUUCCGUACAAGUCGGAAGAUUUCGAUUUAACGCAAACGAACAAUAACUCGUUGAAAUCAAAUCUGUUUACUUCGGAGUCCGAUGCUGUUCUAAGCGAAAAUGAUAAUAAAGAAGCGGAAAAGGUCGACAGAUCAAACAACGAGCUUGAUCAAGAAGCCGCUACGCUCAGUAGUUCGACAGAUCCGAACGAAUCGUCCGAUUGCAACACUGCUAAAUCAUCCGUUACGCAACUUCAAACGAAGACGAGCGAAGAGCCAGACGUGCGAGAAGAAUCCGCGCCCGUUGGGAAAGAGAUGGAAGAAAGUGAUAACUCGAAUUUACACACGAGUGUCACGUCAGAGGCGGUAGCUGAAAAUGAAAAUGUCGACGAUAUGAGUGUAAUUGAAGAAGAUGAGGUUGAUGUUAGUUCGAUUAGCAAACCCAGUUCGCUUGAGCCAGCAGAAAGUGCGACUGUUGAAUUACCGCAAUGUGAACAAUCCGUCGAUCUUGAAAAAUCCGCGAGCGUCGAUAUUCAAGAAACUCUUAUCGAAAGAUCGAACGAUGUUACGUCGCAGUUGGAUAAUACGGUGGAUAAUAAGGAGAACAGAAGCGAAGAACCAGCGUGUGAUCUUGAAGACAAGAACGAUCAUCAGUCGACAUCCGAUCCAGACGUCGACGAGGGUCGAGAAAAACCUGAAGUUUUUGCUUCGAUGCAUUCGUCUGUGUCAUCUUUGACGCAAAAUUUGGAAAAAGAAACGGAACUGGUGAAUCUCGAGGAACUCGAAGAUGUUACCACCAAGUCGAACGAGCAACCGGAUUCCGCGAAUGUGGAACCUGCGAAUUCUCAGCAAUCGAAUACACGAUUCGAGAGAAACGAUCCGACUUCGGCGGAAGACGAGAGUUGCGACAACCAAAUUGACAAGAACGACAAUUUCUCCGAAACCGACGGCCAGGAAGAUCGUUCGAUCGACACGGACAACGAGAGAAUAAAAAGUUUAGCCAGUUCCGACGCCGACUCUACGUACGUUAAUUACGACAAAAAUAGUGAAAGAACCGACGUGUUGUCGGAUGUGGGAUUGCAGGACGAUGGAUCGGGCGACUCGGAAGAUAUCAAAGAGAAAGAAGACUUGAACGACGCUCGAGUUAACGACACUCUGUUCGGUGUUGAUUCCGAAACCCAUUUUCCCGUUAAUUCCGCGAUAACCAGUUCGGAGUCUGCCGAAGAAAAUGAUAAGCACCGUUUAGUUCCUACUAUAAACAGUCCGGAUAGUGCCUGUGCGCAGGAUUCGAGACCUCAAGAGAGCGAACCUCAAGAGAGUGAACCUGUGCAAACAGAUAUUGAAAAAAUUGAAAGCGCAGACCUGUCGUCUGUUGCUGAUAAUAAUAAAUCUUCCACGUUCAGCGUUUUACCACCAGUGCCCGAAUUAAAAGAAACUACGGAAGAAAUCAAUUUGUCUAAUCUAGUUCAGUCCACGUCCAGUGAGUACGCGGAUGAUGUUUCUGAAAGUCCUUGCAUUGAUCAGGAUUCAAACGAGGACAUGGUCAUAGACGAUCUCGUGUCCGAAUCUAACGAAUCGUUCAAAGAACCCGAGGAAGUUGGAACGAAUGACGAACAACAAAGAGAUAACGCGGCGUCAGAAAUACGGACGGAUCCUGAAGAGAAAGCAGUCAUUGCGGAAUCCUGUCGUCAAACAACGAUCGAAUCUGAAAUUUCGAAAAAGUCUGAAGCUGAUGCGGAAAGUGAAAACGAUCUUAAAAAAGAAGAAGACGAUGAAACAAGAACUUGCGACAACGCUGACGAACGGAACGCUGAUGUGAUUGCCGAAAAUGUUUGUGACGACGGCAAAACUACGGAAAUAGUUGAAAGUACAGAAAAAUCAGAGACGGAUGCAACACCUGUUGUAGCUCCCGCUGAACAGUCAGAUAUAGAAACAUCAAAUAUAGCUUCUCAAGAGUUUUCUUCUCAAGAAAAAUUAACGGACGAUAACAGGCAAUCUCUGGUUGCGAAUUACAACAGCGAUUCGAAUGACGACAUCAGCGACGACGUUUUCGAAUCUGACGUGGCGCAAGCAAAUGAUUCUAAAUCUGACGUCGUCGUCUCAUCGGAACAAAAUCCGAAUGAAGAUUUAGACAAAAAGUCUAUCAAAGAAUUAGACGAAGAGUCUGUCAAGGAAUUAGAUAACGAGUCUGUCAAGGAAUUAGAUAACGAGUCUGUCAAGGAAUUAGAUGAAGAGUCGGUCAAGGAAUUAGAUAACGAGUCUGUUAAGGAAUUAGAUGACGAGUCUGUCAAGGAAUUAGACGAAGAGUCUGUCAAGGAAUUAGACAAAGAGUCUGUCAAGGAAUUAGAUGAAGAGUCGGUCAAGGAAUUAGAUGAAGAGUCGGUCAAGGAAUUAGACGAAGAGUCUGUCAAGGAAUUAGAUGAAGAGUCUGUCAAGGAAUUAGAUGAAAAGUCUGUCGAAGAAUUAGAUGAAAAGUCUGUCGAAGAAUGUGACGUUAAUAGUGCGAAUUUAGUUUCCAACGUGCCUAAAGAACCAUUGUUCGUUGAAGUUGUUGAAAAACAGGAAGAAAAAUCUGUGGAACUAAAAACCAACGAGAUAUCGAAUGAAGAUGCUGCGAUCGUGGAGCAGAACGUUAAAAUUAAUACACAAAAUUGCGAUAACAACGAGUGCGUCGAUAAAGUGCGAGCCGAAUCUGUUUGCAACAAUAUUGAAUAUUUAAGUGACAAAUCUACAAUGUCUUUGAAGGAGAAUGAACUUAGAGUAGAAGAAACAGAUAUAUCGACCGUCAACUCUGUUAAAACGCCGGAAGUGUCGGACGCGGCAAAGAUAGUCUCCGAAGUCACCGAAGAGACAACCGAACCUCAUCUAAACAAGACAUUUGAAACGACUGCCGGUCAUAUUGAGAAAAACAAGGAUUACGUCAACAAUUUUAUUGACAACGUGAGAACAGUGCAGGAUGUUCAAAGUGUUCAGGAUACUUCAAAUAUUCUCGAAAUGACGCAAAAAACGGAUUGUUCGCCCGAGAACGUUCGCGAUCUAAGUUCGGACGAUGUGAAUAAGUUCAUAAAAUCAUCUCUCGUUGAAGAGGAGCUCAACGCUGUGGACAGACAAGUGGCUGACGUGUUUCACGUGAAAGAGCAACAUAUACGAAAUUUGGAUGACAAACUAAACGUUGUCAAUUUCGAAACCGAUAAUAAUAUAGCGAGAUUGAAAAAUGUGAACGAACAUUUUGCCGAGGAACUGUCUAUUCCGUGUAAAAGAUUCAAAGAAGAUCUCGUCGAUUAUGUCGACAAUCAAGACAAUAAGUGGGAUGUGAAGUCGCAAGACGAAUGCUUGCCCAAUAAAUCGUUCGUGCAAGAAGCGAGCUUAACGCCGCUUCAAACCGCAUUGGCAUCCGACAUUGCGCCAGUUAAAUCGGACAACGUUCUAAAUGUGGACAAGUCGCAUGUGAAUUUAGAGGGUAGUAUGUCCUCAUCCGACGCACUUUAUUAUCACAAUUCAAUGUCCGCGAAGAUGGAAGAUGUUAACAACUUGGAUAGUGCUUGCAACAAUCAAAAUGAAUCUUUUAGUAUAGACGCAAAUGUAAAUAAAAUUACGGAGAACUUAGACGAGAAACCGGCCUCGGUCGGUGGUAACGAAUUAUCGGAUUCGUUUUCCAAUCAGGAAACGAUCUCAGAAAUUGGUGCUAUGAAAUCUGACGUUAAGAAAGAAGCCAGCAAGAGACUGAUCGAUUCUUCCGACAUGGAAGAUGUUCCUCCGAUAAAAUCCAAACCACCCUCGUACGUGGAAAAUGAUGACAAAGUGUUGUUAGAAGAUUUGAAGAGCAUCGACGCGCAAGCGCCCAAGAGUUUUGAUAAUUUUAACGAGAUCGAGAAAGCGGAGUCGCGAGUCGAGGAAGAGAUGAAAUCGUCGGUGAUUUCCGUGGCGUCGCAAAAUAAUUUCGCGACGGUUAACGCCGAUUCCGCUGUCACGUCUAUAGACGACGACGACGACGACGACGAUUCGAAGAAGAUCAAUUUGGAUGUUACGGAUGAGAAGGAAGAAGAACCUACGGAGAUCCCGGAUAUAGAAAUGAAAACCGUUUCCGUGGUUUCCGACGAUUCGACCGGUAUGGACAACGAGGACGUUUUUAACGUGCAGCCGGAGGAAGCGGAUCCUUUAGCGUGUACCGACGAUGACAUGACUAUGAAGAAUUUCGAGAACGCGUCCGACGCGUCGAAGAUAAGCAUUCGCGUUAAACCGGCGUCCGAAUUGGUUUACGAGGGAUGGAAGUUGGACAGUACGACCGUGGAAGCGCCGAAGAUCUCGCGAAAGCGACGGAACAGCGCUAACGAGUCGAAUUCCGAGGACGGCGGAAAACAGGAAGAUGAAGAGAUGAUGGGUGGGAAAAGAAUCAAGUUGCGAGCGAAACGAAUGCCCGACAAGGAACUGCGAAAAACCGUUGAGGAAAGUCGCGAUGUGAUAAUGAGCUCCGAGGACGAGGCUGCGAAAUGUGAUCCCGACAACGCGACCGAACGCGCGGAUAAAGACGGCAAUAACGACGAUCUGAACAUGGCGCAAUCGAUAGCGAUUGACAAGAAGAUCAGGGGCCGGCCUAGGGGCAGACGACGACGUGGUUUUCGCGGUGGCGGACGUGCGAAACCAAAACUCGCUGAAUUCCAAGGCGAUUCAACGUUGGACGUAUCGUCCGGUGUUCAUCCCGAUGGAACUCCUAAUGAUCUAAACACAACGUCCGCGGACGCUUCCGCGCAAAAAAAGCGAAAGAAGCGGAAAAUGGUUUUGGGUUUAGAAAUAGGAAGAGACAUUUCACUGGAGUCAGAAAACACACCGGUGAUACAGGACGAGAUGCCUGUGAGGCAAUCAAGACGAAUAGCACAGUUAAAGAUCAAGGAACAAGCGGACAGGCGCAGAAUCGAGGAGGAAAGUAUGCGCGAAUUGGAAGAGAAAAAAGAAUCGGAAAAGAAGAAACGAAAAAAGCAGAAGCCGGAAAGCGAAGAGGAAGAAAUAGUGAAGGAAAUCGAAAAAGAGAAGAAAUCCAAAAAGAAACGUCGAAAGAGAAAGAAGAAAAAAAUGUUGGCUAAAUUUAACGAGGCAAACCCGUGGCAGAGUUCGUCCGGAUCGAGCAGCGAUGAAGAAAACGAUAACGAGGACGAGGACGAGGACGAGGAUAUUAUUGAGAGCGAGGGGUCCUUGCUCUUCAAAAGCGAUCACGAAUUCUCCCCGGAGAGCGAUCUCGAAAAGGAUCAAGAAUCUGAACCUCUGAGACGCGCAAGAACCGCGCAGAAGGCUCAAAGCGAUGUUGAGGAAGCUGACGAUGAAUACGCUUGUCAGAAAUGUGGGAAGGCUGAUCAUCCCGAAUGGAUUCUUCUUUGCGACUCCUGCGACAAAGGUUGGCACUGUUCCUGCCUCAGACCAGCACUUAUGCUUAUACCCGAAGGUGACUGGUUCUGUCCACCGUGCCAGCAUAAUUUGCUGGUGAACAAACUUCGAGAAACUAUAAAAACGUUCGAUCAAUUAACGAAAAGACACGAGAACGAAGUGCUGAGGAAAAAGCGAUUGGCGUUUGUUGGCAUAAGUUUGGACAAUGUGCUUCACAAGGGCGAGUCGCAACGCGCACCGAAAGGCUCGAAAGCGUCUAGUCAGGAGUCGGAUAAUGAAUCCUCGGAGUCCUCUUCGUCAGCCUCCACUUCUGAGACAACGAGCAGCGAGGAGAGCGAACCGGUUUAUCAAUUGCGCGAACGCCGGUGCGCCAAUACCUACAAAUUCAACGAAUAUGACGACAUGAUUAACGCUGCGAUUCAGGAUGAGGUUGAGGCGGUUCAAGGCGCUGGUAAUCAGGGAAGAGGCAAGGACAUUGCGACGAUAGUCAACGCGGAGAAGGAAGAAGCUCAGGCCGAGGCGUUGAAGAUGACGCAAUUAGAAGAAGAUAAGGAUGAGAUUGAUGAAUCAAAACCAGAAAAAGAAAGUGACGAGGAAUAUAAAAUUGAGAACGAGGACGUUGUUGAUGAAGUAGAGGAGGAACAAAACACGGUGGCUAAGAAAUUGCUAGCACGUAAAAAACAUCGAAAGUUAAACAGUCUCGAUAUAAGCAGCGAGGACGAUCCGGAAAGCGACGAAGAUUUCAAAGGCACGAGUUCCGAUGACGAGGAAGAUUUUGAUGAUCACAUUACAUCGUCCGACGAAAGCAGCUUUGCCGAUGUCAGACGACGCGGUAGGAAGAGCGAUUCGCGCCCUGUCAGAAGAUCUACCAGAGCGCGCAUGACGAGAGCCUACGAUGAAGAUUUCAUUAACGACGACAGCGAAGAAAGUGACCGACCAAAAAGGAAAAAAUCAUCAGUUUGGGGAAAUUCGGACAGCGAAGACAGUGAUAAUUCAUGGAGACAAAGAAAGAAAAAAAGCAGAACGGUACCAAUGUCCAGAGUUAGGGCAGCACCGAAAACAAAGGGUAAGAAAAAGAAAAAGAGAAAACGUAUUAUAGAAUCUGACAACCAGAGCGAGAACGACGAAGAGGAAAAUGAGAUGAAAGUUGAAAAACAGUGCGAGCCUAACUUGCAAACCGUAGGCACUACCGAGUUAAAUGAGAUGCUGGACGUCAACAAGCAAGAAAAUUUUGAAAAUAAUACAGGCGAAAACAAUGUCGAAAUAAAAGACGAUAGAUUGCAAGAAGCAGUUUCCGAAGUUCCGAUUCCACAGAUUACACAAUCAGAAGAAACGGUGCCAAAUCAAAAAAUUAAAAAGGAUAUUGCACCGAAACCGAAGAAAACUAUUAGACGGAAAGUUAUUUAUGGAAGACUUCCGGACGAAAAUCGACAAGAAGAGGAAGAAAUAUUAAGUAGAAGAACUCGAGGAAGGAAAAUCAAUUACCGAGAGGAAAUGGAUAGCGAAGAGGAAAUGAAAAAGUUUUCAUUGAUGAUGAGAAAAACUGGCGAUAGCGAAGAUGAAUUUGUGGUAAACGAAGGUGAAGAUGUAAACGAUGACGGUGAUAAGGAUUCCGAUUCUGGAGAUGUUUAUAUACCCAAAAAAGAUGCUUUAAAGUUCAAGAACAAAUCACCGAAGGCGAAAAGACCGCGUAACGGGAGAAGUCCUGGAGCAAAACGCAAAUCGUUGUCUGAUGACGUACCAAAGCAAAGGAAGAAGCCUGGGCCAAAACCGGGAAGCAAACAUCGAGGGCGCAAGAAGUUGAAUGCUGAUGCGGACAGAGAUAUGAUUGGCGCAGUUAUGGACAACCCUAUUGGGGAUUUAACGUCUAAGAUGGACGAGAAUCUUUCGGAUAACGUCGGACUGAUGGCAACGACGAUGUCGGUAGCGAGUUCUUUCACUGGAGACGUUCCUGAGGGUUCGCUGACCGGUCUUGGAGCUGGCGAGCUUGCUGAUUUGGAUGAAGAGCAACUUGAGCAGAUGAUGGAUGAAGAAUACGGACGAAGGCAGUUAGAGCUCGCGGCUAUCGAAAUUGCAAAAAAGAAGAAAAAAGAAGAGCGAGAAGCUAAGAAGCUCGAGAAGGCACGUUUGAAAGCUCUAGAAAUACUGGCAGCAGAGAGGCAGAGAGAUCCUAACGCACCUGAGGGAAUGGAUGGAGAAGCGCCAAAGAAGAAGAAACGCGGACGUCGUAGCAAAGCUGAAAUACUCGCUGAACAGAUGCGCAGAGAUGGCGCGCCAAAUCUGGGUAUCGUGCCAGGCGGAGGUAUCUGUAUACCAGAUGGCACCGGCAACGUGCCGCACGGUGUAAGUCCUGUUUUAACUUCCGGUUUGACGCCGGAAACAGACCGAAGUGGCGAAGGACAUAUGCCACUUAUGACCGGACCGGACGGGCAGCUUUUUAAUCCGGAUGGAAUGCCAAUGAAGCCGAAACGAAGAGGUCGUGGCAAAGGAAAGAAAACCCUCGCAUUAGAAGCAGCCAGAGCUGCUGAGGCUGCGGCCAAAGCCGCGGCCGAUGUUGGUUUGAUCGGCAUGGGCACUGAUUCCAAUCCGGAUAUGAAACAGAACGAUUUACCAAACAUUCUUCCCACACCAGGCAGCAGUACAUCUGGUUCGGCUCCCUCUACUCCGCCCGCAAGUGCCGUUCCAACGCCAGGUCCACCUUCGACACAGCCGUCGAACCCGCAGCCAGUUUAUCCGUCGCUACCUCCUGGUCAGCAGUCUUCCGUUAUUACAAGAAUGCUUCAGUCUCAACCGGUAUCCAAUAGUCCGCAGUCGUUCACAGCGGCGGCUGCAGCAAUGGGUCAUAAGUAUUUCGGCAAUCCCACCCCUGGCGGUCAGAUGAUGGGUAGUCCUCGGACAGGAUACGAAAUGCAGCCACGCGCUAGGAUCCCGUCCCCGUAUAGACAGGCCGGUCAGUCUAUGCCGCAUUUCGCCGCGGUUAGAUCGGGCACGCCUCCCAUGCGUAUGAGAGUACCCGGUCCACAAAUGUAUCACACAACACAUCACCCGAUGGAUCCGUCACCUUCAGGUGGUGGACCGAUUUCCAUCAACAAUAGAGAUCGCAGUUCGCCACUAACACCUGGCGGACCGGCGAUGAUUCCACCAUCAGCUGGCAGUCCAUUGGCCAAGGGAGGUCCAACUCCGCCGCCGCCUCCUCCACCGUACGUACGGGGUGGUCCCCCUAUAGCUAGGUUUGCCGAGAACCCUAUGGGACCCAGGCAUCAGAUGCCGCCAUUCACCAACGCCUCGCCCGUUAAUCACAACAUACAGCAACCUUCUCCGCCGCCUAAUCGACCGCCCGGUAACUUCUCCCCAUAUCAUCCGCCUCCACCUCCCAACUAUCACUACGGUGCCUAUCCGCCGCCUCCGCCAAUGACCACGGCGGAUGACGCGGCUGCUUAUCAGGGCUCACCAUAUCCUGCGGAGCAUUUUUCCUCACCGGCGGACAAUCAACCGCCUAUGCAGGGACCGCCGCAAGGUCCGCAGUCGCAUCCGGGUGAUCCGGAAGAAGGCACUGGCGAAUUCGGCGGGCUGGUAUCUUACUUCAGUAGUCAGAGAGAAGACGAUCUCGAUUCGUAGCAUGAGUGAGAGCUUGGCCAACCCUGAAUCGUUAGAUAAAGGAGAAAGUGUGCCCAGGUAAGACUUUUUGCUGCAGAAGGACACUGCGACGUAGAGUUUAAUGCGCGAACGGUAAUUCCGAAAGAUCUUAUCUUCGAUAAUUGCGCGCAUGGACAAACCCGUGCGAGAAGUAGAGCUAGAGUCUUCCUCUUCGACUUCUAUAAAGCGAACAGUUGUCCUGUUUAGCCCUUGCAUUUUCACACGGAAAAGAAUGUCGCCGAUGGCACAUCGAAGGUUGGCCAAGUGUAGAACGAGAGCGGAGAGAGAAAGAGAGAGAAAGAGAGAUUAAUCAAAGCGACGGGAGACGGAGCCUGUUUUCUAAGAAUCUGUAAGUUUUUCUGUAAUUAGCUUUUUCAGUUUGAUUGAAUUUAUAUAACGACAACGUGCGACUAAAGACAUGCAGCGGUUGUACGGAAUAAUAUAAUAACGAGGCGAAAGAUCUGAACCAUAACUAUUUGCAUCAUUAUAUAUUCAUCGAGAAGAAUGUCCACACUAUUGGAUGUUCAAAGUAAGUUUUCGUGAAGUUUUUAAAAAGCGCGAGUUAGGAUACUUUUUGUAUCCGCCGCGAUGUUAGUCAUCGCGAUGACGAUGAGAACAUGAGGAGAGGAUGAUCAAGUAAAAAAAAAAAAAAAAAACUGAAAGAAGAGAGUGAAAUUAAUCGAGUGGUUUGGACAACGCACCGUUGUUACACGUGUACAUAUGUAAAUAUCGUAAGUCCUUUAGAUUACCAUUACAUGUAUUAUAUAUACACACACGUACACACACAUACAGAUAUACGCAGUCAUGCAGAAUAUAAAAGUGGAUUUAGUGUGCAAAGAGGGCACAAUUGUAAUAUUUAAAUUUACUCAAAACAAAAAAAAAAAAAAAGAAUGGUAUAUCUGAGUAUAAUAAAUUAACAAAUGGUGUGAAAACUAUUAUACUAUAAUUAUUUAUAAAGAUGAAGAUUAAGAAUUUAUGAUAUAGGCAGUAUAUUGUAUUUUACAAAUUUUACUUGAUAAUUCUAUGAGAAAUCAUUAAAUAUAGUUAUUGUUGAAGAACAGGAGGCUGCUCUCUCGAAAUAUAUUCUAUACGAAAGAUGAAGAAUAAAAAAUUUAACGGCAUAUUUAAAUCUAUAAUCGGUAUAUUUAUAUAUACGUAAGAAAAAA